AUCAAGCUUCAAGAGUCUCCUGAAGAUAUGCCUGCAGGGCAGACACCUCACACUGUCAUCCUUUUUGCUCACAACGAUCUUGUUGACAAAGUUCAGCCUGGGGACAGAGUGAAUGUUACAGGCAUCUACCGCGCGGUGCCUAUCCGGGUCAAUCAAAGAGUGAGCAAUGUGAAGUCUGUCUACAAAACCCACAUUGAUGUCAUUCACUAUCAGAAAACGGAUGCAAAGCGUCUGCAUGGCCUCAGUGAAGAAGCAGAACAGAAACUUUUUUCAGAGAAACGUGUGGAGUUACUUAAGGAACUUUCCAGAAAACCAGAUAUUUAUGAGAGGCUUGCUUCAGCCUUGGCUCCAAGCAUUUAUGAACAUGAAGAUAUAAAGAAGGGAAUCUUGCUUCAGCUCUUUGGCGGAACAAGGAAGGAUUUUAGUCACACGGGGAGGGGCAAGUUUCGUGCUGAGAUCAACAUCCUGCUGUGUGGAGACCCUGACCAUGAGACGAGGCAGCUGGUGCUGCAGACGGGGGCCCGGGUCCUGAGUGACAACGGCAUCUGCUGCAUCGACGAGUUCGACAAGAUGAACAAAAGUAUAAGAUCUGUGUUGCACGAGGUCAUGGAACAACAGACACUGUCCAUUGCUAAA